AUUUUUAUUUAUUUUAUUUAUUUAUUUAUUUAUUUAUUUAAAUUAUCCUUCUCAUGCUCACAACCUGUGGACUUGUACUCUGACUGGUGCAGCCAGAAAGCUAGGCUGGUGGGUACCGGCUCAGGCGCCAGACACGGUGGCGCCUGGUAGCGGUGUUGAAAUGAAGUCCUCCUGGUUCUGAUUUCUCUGGCGGAAGACUGCACCCACUCGCACCCUGGACUGGAAGUCGUGGCCCGCCGUGUCCUCCAGCCCCUGCCUUUCAACCCGCCACCCCUUUAGCUAGCAGUCCUUAUUUGACAAGCCAGUGACUAUUGGCUGAAGUUCCCCAGAGAUUUGCAUGAACAGAGAGGGAGUGUCUUCUGCCGCCCGCCCCGCGGAGCGCGCCGACUGCAGCCUCCGCGGGAAUGCGCGGCCGAGGGAAGGCGCGCAGCUCGCCGGCGCUGGCAGUGAGCUGGCGCCGGGAGACCUGGCAUCCGCGCCUGGAUAUGGGGCGUCUAAGUCGUCCCAGGAGCAGGACCAGCCACAGAAACCUGCCGCCACUGUUUCUGUUUUUCCUGUUCGUGGGACCCUUCAACUGCCUCGCGAGUUACAGCCGGGCCACGGAGCUUCUGUACAGUUUGAACGAGGGACUGCCCGCCGGAGUGCUCAUCGGGAGCCUGGCGGAGGACCUGCGGCUGCUGCCUUCCUCUGCAGGGAGUCAGGACGAGCCCUCGCAGCUAUCACAGCCCACUGGCGCUGGGCAGAGCCCCCCUCUCUCCUUCAGCCUGGCUUCCCAGGGACUGAGUGGUCAGUACGUAACCCUAGACAACCGCUCUGGAGAGCUGCACACUUCUGCCCAGGAAAUUGACCGGGAAGCCCUGUGUCUUGAAGGAGGUGGAGGGGCUGCCUCUGGCGGCAGCAUUUCCAUCUCCUCCUCACUUGCCUCUGACUCCUGUCUCUUGCUGCUGGAUGUGCUGGUUCUGCCUCAGGAGUACUUUAGGUUUGUGAAGGUGAAGAUCGCCAUCCGGGAUAUCAAUGACAAUGCCCCGCAGUUCCCUGUUUCGCAGAUUUCGGUUUGGGUCCCAGAAAACGCACCAGUAAACACCCGACUAGCCAUAGAGCACCCUGCCAUGGACCCAGAUAUAGGCACUAAUGGGGUACAGACCUAUCGCUUACUGGACUACCAUCGUAUGUUCACCCUGGACGUGGAGGAAAACGAGAAUGGGGAGCGCACCCCCUAUUUAAUUGUCAUGGGUCUAUUGGACAGGGAGACCCAGGACCAGUAUGUGAGCAUCAUCAUAGCUGAGGAUGGCGGAUCUCCACCACUGCUGGGCAGUGCCACCCUGACCAUUGGCAUAAGUGACAUUAAUGACAACUGCCCACUCUUCACUGACUCACAGAUCAAUGUCACUGUGUACGGGAAUGCUUCAGUGGGCACACCAGUUGCAGCAGUCCAAGCUGUGGAUAGAGACUUGGGAACCAAUGCAAUGAUCACCUAUUCUUAUAGCCAGAAAGUUCCACAAGCAUCUAAGAAUUUAUUUCAUCUGGAUGAAAUUACUGGCAUCAUUAAACUUUUUAGUAAGAUUGGGGGAAGUGUCCUGCAAAGUCACAAACUCACCAUCCUUGCUAAUGGCCCAGGCUGCAUCCCUGCUGUGAUCACUGCCCUGGUGACCAUUAUCAAAGUCACUUUCAGACCACCUGAAAUCAUCCCACGGUAUAUAGCAAAUGAAGUAGAUAGUAUUGUGUACCUGAAAGAACUGGAACCUGUGAACACCCCAAUUGCAUUCUUCACCAUAAGAGACCCAGAAGGCAAAUACAAGGUGAACUGCUACCUGGAUGGUGAAGGGCCAUUUAGGUUAUCACCUUACAAACCAUACACUACUGAAUAUUUACUAGAAACCACAAAACCUUUGGACUAUGAGCUACAACAGUUCUAUGAAAUAGCUGUGGUGGCCUGGAACACUGAAGGUUUCCAUGUCAAAAAAAUUAUUAAAGUGCAACUCUUAGAUGACAAUGACAAUGCUCCUAUUUUCCCUCAACCCUUGAUAGAGCUAACCAUUGAGGAAAACAACACACCCAAUGCCUUUUUAGCUAAACUGUAUGCUACAGAUGCUGACAGUGGAGAGAGAGGGCAAGUGUCUUAUUUUCUGGGACCUGAUGCUCCGUCAUAUUUUUCCUUAGACAGUGACACAGGAAUCUUGACAGUUUCAACUCAGCUGGAUCGAGAAGAGAAAGAAAAGUAUCGGUACACUGUCAGAGCUGUUGACUCUGGGAAGCCGCCCAGAGAAUCAUUAGCCACUGUGACUCUCACAGUGCUGGAUAAAAAUGACAAUAGCCCUAGAUUCAUUAACAAGGACUUCAGUUUUUUUGUGCCAGAAAACUUUCCAGGAUAUGGUGAAAUCGGAGUAAUUAGUGUAACAGAUGCCGAUGCUGGGAGAAAUGGGUGGGUUGCCCUCUCAGUGGUGAACCAGAGUGAUAUUUUUGUCAUAGACACAGGGAAGGGCAUGCUGAGAGCUAAAGUAUCUUUGGACAGAGAGCAGCAAAGCUCCUAUACGUUAUGGGUGGAAGCCAUUGAUGGGGGUGAACCUGCACUCUCUUCUACGGCAAAAAUUACAAUUCUCCUUUUAGAUAUCAAUGACAAUCCUCCUCUGGUUUUAUUUCCUCAAUCUAAUAUGUCCUACCUGUUGGUACUACCUUCCACACUCCCUGGCUCCCCAGUUACAGAAGUAUAUGCUGUUGACAAAGACACAGGCAUGAAUGCUGUCAUAGCUUACAGCAUCAUAGGAAGAAGAGGGCCAAGGCCCGAGUCCUUUAGGAUUGACCCCAAAACUGGCAACAUUACAUUAGAAGAGGCAUUGCUCCAGACAGAUUAUGGACUCCAUCGUUUACUGGUCAAAGUGAGUGAUCACGGAUAUCCUGAACCUCUCCACUCCACGGUCAUGGUGAACUUAUUUGUCAAUGACACUGUCAGUAAUGAGAGUUACAUCGAAAGUCUUUUAAGAAAGGAGCCAGAAAUUAAUAUAGAGGAGAAAGAACCACAGAUCUCAAUAGAACCAACUCAUAGGAAGGUGGAAUCUGUUCCCUGCAUGCCCACAUUGGUUGCUCUGUCUGUAAUAAGCUUGGGGUCUAUCACACUUGUCACAGGAAUGGGCAUAUACAUCUGUUUAAGAAGGGGGAAAAAACACCACAGAGAAGAUGAAAAUUUGGAAGUACAAAUUCCACUAAAAGGAAAAAUUGACUUGUGUAUAAGAGACAGGAAACCAAUGGAUAUUUCUAAUAUUUGAUGCUUCACUGUGGAAGAACACAGAGAUGAUAUAACUAACUUUGGAUAGCCUUCACUACCCAAACAAUAAGUGGCUGGCAGUUCCAAUGAAGAACAACUAAUUUAUAACAUGUACUAUAAUGUAAAUAGCUGUUUACAGGUUUUUAAAUUCAAAAUCAGAGGUUAUAAAAUGUGUACAGCCAUUUUUAAAUGAAAAUUAAUACUAACAGCUAUAGAACUACUAUUAAAAAAGUUUAGACAUGGUUUACCACUAUCAUACAACAGGCCGAUGAUUACUAAAACCUGGAAGCAAAGGUAAGAAAUCAGUAUAUUGUAUUUUUGUCUAACAAGUCCUAUAACCACAAGAGGGCAUCAGCUGCUCCUUUGCAAGGAACAGUUUUGAGGUAUUGUACAUGACAGAUGUUGUAUAUGAAAUUAAUGAAAGAGUAUAUUUUAAAUAUAUUGUUUUUAUGUGAAAUUAAAGUAAAUUUCAUCCUAAAUUAAAUGUAUAAGAAAGGAAAUAAAUGCAUUUAUAAAUAUGUUUAUUACCUCACAAGUUCAUCAUGGAUAGUUUAAAAGAGAAGGCAUUACAAAGAAAGUGCAAUUGCUUUUUUGUAAAAACAUGUCAUGUGUUAAAGAUUUGACCUGCUGAUGAGUAGUUCACUCUCUGUGUACUCAGAUUGCUUUCUGUUUGCCUUACCAUUUUUCACUUGCUAUUAUUACAGGGGACAUAUAUAUGUUUCCCUCCUUACAGAAAAAUGUAACUAGAAAUUGUAUCCAAGGAAAACAGCCAGAAGCAAAGAAGUUAGUUGAACUCUUAGAUGCUUCGUAGGUGUUCAUGAUAUUUUGGUGCUUUCCAAACUUGUUGGUUGUACUUUAUACUUUGGUUAUAUGUGAGCUUUUUACAUGCUUAUACUCAUCUAGCACAUAUGAAAAUAAAACAUGGAAAAAGAAAUUAUUCUAGACGUUAAUGUACACUACUGGUUGUUUUCCUUGAUGUCUUCUAAGAGAUCUAUACUUAUCUUUUGUUGUUGCUUAGGUUUGUUGACUACCAAUUCUGACUUCCUUUCUCUGGCUUUGGAUUAAGUCCAAGAGUUGAUUUGUAAUCUCCAGCAGCAGAUAUCUUUGAUAAUUUUGCUUUUCCUAAAUCCUUUGCAAUGAAGCAAGCUGGUUCAUUAGUAAUUGAUUACUUUUACUUCAUUGUGGGAGCUGGAAAUUUCAUUUAAAAGGAGAUGUAAGGCAAAUCCAUCUGUAAACAAGGAAUGUGUUAGUUUAAACUGGAUUGUUCUGCUUUUUUGGCAUCACGUGUGUGUACUGUACGGAAACAUGUUUUUAUGUCUGCAAAUUAAAAGGUAUAUAUUUUCAUA